AUGACUAGAACCACCGACGAGAUCAAGUAUGAGGCUUCCUCAUGGGAGCACAAAGGCGUCACCGUGGCAGACGAUGGCCGGAGAUUGGCGUCAAAUUCCGAUGCUGCCCGUCCCAAAGGACGCAUACGACGAUCGAUGACGGCUUGUCAUACUUGUCGCAAGCUUAAAACCAGAUGCGAUUUAGAUCCGCGCGGCCAUGCAUGCCGCCGCUGUCUAUCCUUAAGGAUCGACUGCAAGUUACCGGAAACGACCGAUCGUUUUCAAGAUAAUGCCUCAAUGUGGUCGGAUGCGACGUCCGCGAUUCCGUCGAUUGAGGAGCGCUUGACCUCGCUCGAAAGAAGCAUGAGAGAGAUGACGAGUAUGAUGCGCCAAAUGCUGGACCAAUCGCCAGUAACCCCCACGGGCAUUCCCUCGUGUUGGACCAGAGCUACCAAUGCCGAUGAUGGCACGUCGUCGGAAGGCAGCCCAUCAUCCCCAUUUUUGCCCAAGCCUGUUCGGCUCAUCCAAGACCUACAAUCGGAAUUCUUUGGUGAGACCGAAAACUCGGCAUACUUGAGCGAGGGCAUCGCAAAGGGUGGCUUAGAAUCUAAACUAUCACUCAAACUGUUGCAAAUAUUCGUGGACAAUUUCGGCCCUUAUGUCUCCAUAUAUAAUCUCUCCGAUAUACAGAACGAGGCGCGGAAUCCUGAUUCCUUGCUAUAUAAUACUGCUUGUCUACUGGCAUCCCGCUAUGUUCCUGGCGUCCCCACAUCCGUGGUACAUACGAUAUACCUUCAAGUGCGACAUGCCGUGGUAAAUCUUCUGUGGGAUAAGCCACCGCUUCGCUACGAGUCUCUCCAAGCUCUUGCGCUGCUUUGCCUUUGGCCUGCGACCGUACAAAAGGAGCCUCCAAUGGACAGCUGGCUGUUGAGUGGGGUUUCGAUCAACCAUGCCAUCAUCUCCUUUGAUUGUCUCAACUAUGGGCCCACGGAGACUAUGAUUGAUAACGAGACAGCCGCACAGCUCCGGCUUUGGAAUACUUACUGCUUGACGCAGCUUCAUUUUGCGGUCGGCAACGCUCGUCCUUUCCAUAUCCAGCCACGCUAUCUUGAUCAUUGUCCACGGAUUUUGGAGCACCCAGGUGCAACUCUGGACGACGCAAAGGUAGUGGCCGAGAUCCAGCUAUACCUCAUUACACUACGCCUUCAGAGCAAUGGCGGCCGAAUGCGAGUCGCCGAUACCAAAUUCGAGGAAAUGGAGCGGUGGAGGGCCGAGUGGGCCCAUCUCUUCGGUAGGUCCUGCAUCUACGAAGGAACUAACGAGGUAACGAACUCAGCUGGUGAACAGUUCACCCUCGAGCUAAGCCUCUGGUUUUGCCAGAUCCUUCUUUACCGCACCUCCAUGCGCUUUAGCCCGGGCUCCGAUACUCUCGCCUCAGAGGUCCUGCAAACCUCCCGCCUGAUGUUGUCCAAGUUUCUUCAGAUCCGAUAUUCUUCCGCUCUAAGCCUCGUCGACCAGACGUAUUUCAUGGUUGGCUAUGCCGCUCUCAACCUCUGUGAUUUCAACCUCAUGGACCCACUCAUCGAGCAGGUACAGAUGUUCCUGCUCCAUCUGUCCCCCAACGAGGAUCACAUCGCCUAUCGCUUCUCCUGCAUGAUUGUCGAGUUCAAGCGGCGAUGCACCGAGGGCAGCGAUCCGGCCACCACCGCCGCCGCGGCCGCGGUAGCAGCGGCAACUGCCGCCAAAGCCUCCUCUCCGCUGUCAUCCUUCGGGGAAACGCGGAAGAUGAGUAUGGAGCAGACGGCCUCAUUCCUGCCCCCAAUGGUCGAUAAUGUGAUUGAUGGCUACGGAUUCGAGCAAUUGAUGCCGGAAGUCCUGCCACAAUCAUUUCCCGAGGGGAUGCUCAAUGAGUUGGCAGUCGCCGGGAUACCAGGGUAUCGGUCGGCAACGCUCUGA